AUGUGUAUCGGGGAGGCCCAGAAGAAGUGGUGUGGGCGUGGAGGCGGGAAGCUGGCGUCCGGUCUGCGUGCAGGAGCCACGCACUCCAGCUGCAGGGUGGCCAUCAGCUGGGAGCUCAAAGACCCAGAGAUGAAGGCCCUGCUCCUGCCCAUUGCCCUCAGCCUGCUCGCCGCCCUUAGGGCCCAGGACCCCCCAUCCUGCCCUCUGGAGCCCCAGCAGGACUGCCCGGGGAACAGCUCCAUCUCAGGGCCCAGGGAAGCGACUCCUGGGACCCCCGAUGGCAUGGCUACACCCUCUGCAGAGAAGACGCAUCGGAUCGCAGGAACUUGGUAUGUGAAGGCCAUGGUGACCGAUGAGAACCUGCCUAAGGAGACGAGGCCCAGGAAGGUGUCCCCUGUGACGGUGACGGCUCUGGGCGGCGGGGACCUGGAACUCAUAUUCACCUUCCUGAAGGAGGCCCGCUGCCAUGAGAAGAGAACAAGGGUGCAGCCAACCGGGGAGCCUGGCAAAUACAGCUCCAAUGGCGGCAAGAAGCAAAUGCACAUUCUGGAACUGCCCGUUGAGGGCCACUACAUCCUUUACUGCGAAGGCCAGCGCCAGGGGAAAUCGGUCCAUGUGGGGAAGCUCAUAGGUAGGAAUCCCGACAUGAACCCAGAGGCCCUGGAGGCUUUUAAGAAAUUCGUCCAGCGCAAGGGCUUGUCCCCGGAGGACGUCUUCACACCUGAGCAGACAGGGUCCCUCCCUCCGUCCCCUCCCACCCCUCCCCAGCCCCUCUGUGGGGAGACAUCAGCGCUGUGA